GUUGGAGAUACUCCCCAUUAAACUCAUUUUCCUUUUUCAAUCUUCUGCCAACUUCUGCAAAGUUUUCAAAAUAAAUAUAUUCACUUUCCUUCUAAAUUUCUACACAAUCCCCUCAAUUAAUUUUUAGUCAAUAUUUUUGCAGAGAUUAAUUAUAACACAAAAAGGAAAAAAAUGGGGUUGAAAAAUGGGUCGACAUUUUUGGGUGAUUUUCUCCGGCAGUGCGGUGGCUACGCCGUGAUAGACGGUGGACUUGCGACGGAGUUGCAGAGGCACGGUGCUGACUUAAAUGAUCCUCUUUGGAGUGCCAAAUGUCUUGUUAGCUCUCCUCAUCUUAUAAGAAGGGUGCAUCUAGAUUACUUGGAAGCUGGUGCCAACAUUAUAAUCUCUUCAUCUUAUCAGGCAACCCUUCAAGGAUUUGAAGCCAAGGGAAUUUCAAGGGAAGAAGGUGAAGCAUUGCUCAAAAGAAGCGUGGAGAUAGCAUGUGAAGCGCGAAACAUAUAUAACGACAGAGCUUCCAAAGGUUCUUGGGAUGAUUUUGAUGAUGAAACCGGUUUGAAACGCAAUCCAGUCUUGGUUGCAGCGUCUGUGGGAAGUUACGGAGCUUAUUUGGCUGAUGGUUCUGAAUAUAAUGGAAUUUAUGGUGAUGCAAUUACUGUGAAAACUCUGAAAGAUUUUCAUCGAAGGAGAGUUCAGGUUCUUGCGAAUUCAGGUGCUGAUUUGAUUGCAUUCGAGACAACUCCAAACAAAAUCGAAGCUCAGGCUUAUGCUGAGCUUCUUGAGGAAGAGGCUGUCAGCAUUCCUGCGUGGUUUUCCUUCAGUUCUAAAGAUGGUACCAAUGUAGCCAGUGGCGAUUCCAUUGCAGAAUGUGCUUCAAUUGUUGAUUCGUGUAAGCAAGUUGUUGGAAUUGGAAUCAAUUGUACCUCUCCAAGAUACAUUGAGGGGCUGAUCCAAUCAAUCCGAAAGGUAACAAGCAAACCAAUACUUGUAUAUCCCAACAGCGGUGAGACUUAUGAUGGCGAAAAGAAGGAAUGGGUGGCUUCAAGGGGCGUCGCAGAGGAAGAUUUCGUGUCAUAUGUGGACAAGUGGUGCGAGGCUGGGGCGUCUCUCGUCGGAGGUUGCUGCAGGACUACCCCAAAUACCGUUAGAGCUAUUUCCAAGGUUCUCUCCCUCAGGUCUCAUAGGGUUUAAACUGAGUUUUUG